ACCUAGUUAUUAUCCAUCCUAUAUCGGUGAAAUUUAUAUGAUGACUUUAUCAUUCAAUUAACUCACUUCACUUCUCACAAACACAAAUCACAAUAUCACUUCACUUCUCAAUUCUCAAAGUCCCAUCUCAAGCAACCAAAAAUACCUUAACUACUCCAAACACAGGAAAUUUAUUUAUUUCUAUAUGUAUUUAUUUAUUCUUUAUUAAUUCAGUUAAUUAUUUGUUUUUAAGAAGGUGGAAAGCGAAAUGGAAUUUGAAGACCACGAAGAGGAAGAAGAAGAAGAAGAAAUGGGAUUCCCUGUUACGCCGGUAGCAGGUUACGACUCGCUAGGAAACUCAGGCGUCAGAACCAAAAUGAGCGGCGGCGGUGGCGGUGGAGUCGACGGAGGUGAAACAACAACAACAACAGCCACCGCAGGUGGUCGCAAAAACGGACCCACCGGGACCGUUAGAUACAGAGAAUGUCAAAAGAAUCAUGCCGUUAGUAUCGGAGGUCACGCCGUUGAUGGUUGUUGUGAGUUUUUAGCAGCUGGAGAAGAAGGAACACUGGAAGCCGUAAUUUGCGCUGCUUGUAACUGUCACCGGAAUUUUCACCGUAAAGAGAUCGACGGUGAAAUCACUUCUCAUAAUCAACAAAGGUCAUCUCAUCAUACUCAGUACCACCACAACCAGCACCCGCACCAGCACCAUCAAAUAUCUCCUUACUACCACCGUGCAGCGUUACCUCCUCCGCCGGGGUACCACCACAUGGUAACACCACCGCCGGUGUCACAUCAUCGGCCGUUAGCUCUUCCACCUGCUGCAUCGAGUGGUGGAUUCAGUAGAGAAGAUGAUGACGUGUCAAUUCCGAGUAGCAGUGGUGGCGGUGGUGGUGGUGGUGGAAGUGGAAUGAAGAAAAGGUUUAGAACAAAAUUCACUCCGGAGCAGAAAGAAAAGAUGCUUGCAUUUGCGGAUCAGAUUGGAUGGAGAAUUCAGAAGGAAGAUGAAGGUGCAAUUGAACAAUUCUGUGCUGAGAAUUGUAUUAAGAGAAAUGUGCUUAAGGUUUGGAUGCAUAAUAAUAAGCACACUCGUGGUAAGAAACCCUAAUUUUGUCCCUUUUUUUAAUUUUUCCAGUAAUUUUCGGAACAUUAAUUAAUUAAUUACUGGAUUGUUUUCAGUGUUGAAUAGGGAUGAAUGAGACAUGAGUUUGUGUGAAAAAGAAUGUGGAACAAUUUAAUUUGUAAUGUAAAAUUUUACUAUUUAUUUAAUUGAGAUCUAGCUAGUUAGGGUUCUCUUACUCUUACUAGUUCCUCUUUUCCUAAA